CAAAAAAUGGAAGCCAGUCUCAUGUAUGAAAUCCUCAUGUAUUUGAAUUCGUUCUAUUUCGGUCUGUAUGCUGCAUUCAAGGUGUGUGUCAGUACCCUGAAAUUUAUUCUAUUAACGUAUCCCGAGAAUGCCGUAAUGAGAGAAGGUAUUUUAUUGCUGUCCAUGUGUGUGUUGGAGACGGUGCGUAUCAUAUUGGGCCGUCGUAGUAGUUUAAGUGCUCGUGCAUGGCAGGCGAUAGCAUCUGUAGUAUUAACACUGCCCAGCCUCGUUCUUGUUAUAUAUUUAUGUUUUUUCCAAACGGCUGUUCUCAAACUUGAAGUAAUCAUGAGUGCCUUAAUGAUAGCCCUACACGUAGCUGAAAUUGUGUACGCCAGCAUGUUCAUUUGUACGAUGUGUCGACCGGUGACCUAUACCUAGCAGUUGAUGUUGGCUGUCCCGAUGGCAAUGACGACACCGACACUAUGUGG